AAUCAUUAAACUGCGAGCAUCUGUAGCGGUCAGAGCACGUCGUAGUCGUCGUUUUAAUUUCAACAAGUUUUAUAUUCGAAUAUGUCGGGUCGUGGCAAAGGAGGCAAAGUUAAAGGAAAGGCAAAGACUCGCUCUAGCCGUGCCGGACUUCAGUUCCCUGUAGGCCGUAUCCAUCGUUUACUUCGCAAGGGCAACUAUGCUGAACGAGUUGGUGCCGGUGCUCCCGUCUACUUGGCAGCAGUGAUGGAAUACCUUGCAGCUGAAGUAUUGGAAUUGGCCGGUAACGCAGCCAGGGACAACAAGAAAACUAGGAUAAUCCCAAGACAUUUACAGUUAGCUAUCCGUAAUGACGAAGAAUUGAACAAACUACUCUCCGGUGUUACUAUCGCUCAAGGUGGUGUACUGCCAAAUAUCCAAGCUGUUUUAUUGCCAAAGAAAACUGACAACAAAGCUAAAUAAGUAUUUUGCUUUACGUCAAGUUGGAAAAAAAACUAUAAAUCGGUCCUUUUCAGGACCACAACUUUCAUAAAAAAAGCAAAUUCGUUCGUAUGUGGUUAUUAUGACGUAUAGGUAGGUCGCUGCUGAUUCCUUAAUCUAAUAAUAAUAAAUAAAUAACUUACCCGCUACCUAUUCUGUAUGUAAAACAUCGUAUAAAAUUUAAAAAAAUUCCUAAAGAUCACUGUAUGGAAGAUUUAAUGAGUGCACUUAUCCAUAAUUGUGGAAAUUUGGUGUUUUGAUAUUUAUUUUUAUUGCCAAAGAAAACUGACAAGUAUUUUGCUUUACGUAAGGUUGAAAAAAAAAACUAUAAAUCGGUCCUUUUCAGGACCUCAACUUUCAUGAAAAAAGCAAAUUCGUUCGAAUUGAAAAAAAAAAUCGCAUUUACACUAUUAUGUAUGUGGAAAUUUGGUGUUUUGAUAUUUAUUUUAUGGCCCAACUAAUAAAAGCGAUUAGGAAUGAUUUAAAGAGUUCUUCUUAGAAAUACCUUUCUAGAAUAUUAGGUAGAAGACUACUUUUAUGAUCACAGCAAUAUGUUUCUUUGAUAAUAAAUAUUCCCUAAUUUAGUGUUAAUACUUUACUUUACAUCACGGUACAGUAAAAUAUUUAUUAACGCUAACUACUUAUUAUAUCAAAUAUAUCUAAACACAACUUAUUUUCUUUUACAAACUGAUUUGUUCUGUUCACUUUAUUUUAAACUGAAGCACGAAAAUCAUUUGUAUAUAUUUUAUUUCGAUACACUUAAUACAUAAUUCUCUAUACAUACAAUACUUAUUUAAUGUUUUAUGUAUAUUGUCGUAUUACUUAUGUAACAUCUGUAAUAAUGUAGUAAAGACUCAUUAUUAGUAAGUAAGGAAGUCUUAUAAUUAAAAACUAGGAGCACGUAAUGUUAGGUCAAGUCAUUAACGAAAAAGAAAAGAAAAGCGAAUAGGCCAAGAUACAUAUAAUAAAAAAGAAACCAAGUUUAGUUCUAGCAGUAAAAUGGAAAGUAACUAAAGGCACGUAGAAUUAAGAGAGAUAAAGAAAAAGAAAUUUCAAAGUUAAAUAUGCAAAUUUAAACACAAAAAUAACUAGGAGCACGUAAGUGUUGGUGAGGCGUAAAAAAGGAAAAGGAAAAAAAUGGAAGGAAAAUAAAAUGGAAGAUAAAGAAAAGGAAAUUUCAAAGUUAAAUAUGCAAAUUUAAACACAAAAAUAACUAGGAGCACGUAAGUGUUGGUGAGGCGUAAAAAAGGAAAAGGAAAAAAAUGGAAGGAAAAUAAAAUGGAAGAUAAAGAAAAGGAAAUUUCAAAGUUAAAUAUGCAAAUUUAAACACAAAAAUAACUAGGAGCACGUAAGUGUUGGUGAGGCGUAAAAAAGGAAAAGGAAAAAAAUGGAAGGAAAAUAAAAUGGAAGAUAAAGAAAAGGAAAUUUCAAAGUUAAAUAUGCAAAUUUAAACACAAAAAUAA